AUGAGACGGUAAUUCAUUUCGAUUGCCACGAUGGGCCAGUCUCUUGUGCUCUGAUAGCUGACUUUUAACAUCAUCGUCAAUCAGGCGCGUAUAAGAAUACAUGAAUGGACAUUCGUUUAUGCUUGUGAAAAGCUGAGCUGUACAGUUUAUUCAACACUCGGAGUUUAGCCGCUGAUUUGUGACACCUGUGGCUGAAUCAACACAGAAAACAUUGUUUCGAUCUGUAUGGCUAUUUCACCUCCCAGAAGAACAAGUAACCGUUUUGGAUGUUGGUUUGUUAUCUAUGCAGUGGACUAAUCUCCAACGUGAAAGCGCCAAGGUAAAGCCAUUUACAGGAUCCAUUCAUAUCUAAGCCUCUCGACUCUGACCAUAGACAGGAAAGAACAUGGAUAGAGAGGAAUUUGCUGUGACGAGUGCGCUGAGUGGAUUUGUAUGGCUGGUGAUCUCCAGUGGAAACUAAAAAAAGACCUUGUUGAGAUCAGCAUCGCGCGGGUCACAAUCUCUAUUACGCAUCAUUGAUAUAUUGAUAUAGUUUCCUAUUGUUGAGCUGAUAAAUACCACAUAUAAUAAGGAACCAUGGCUAAAGACGAGUGCAAAACCAUGCUAGAUGCUCUGAACAAAGUGACUGCCUGCUACAGACAUUUGGUCGUCGCUUUGGGCAGCACCUCGGAUUCACAGAAUCUGCGUGAAGAGCUGAAGAAGACCCGAAAAAAGGCCCAGGAGCUUGCGUUGGCAAACAGGACUAAACUGACCGCACUACUCAAAGACAAGACCAUCAGCAAAGAAGACCGGGCAGAAUACGAACGGCUAUGGGUUUUGUUCUCGAGCAGCAUGGAGCUGCUGGAAGUGGACAUGAAGAGGUCCCUGGAGAUCGGGCAGGAAUUCCCCCUAAAAGUCCCAACAAGACACCUCAUCCAGACUGGGAUGACAGGCAGCACCACCACGGUGGCGGCCCGCGCCAUGAGCGUGCAGAACAUGAAGUACGAGGCAGACGCCAACAUCGAUACGGCGGACCUGAAGGAGCUUCAGGCCGAGAUCACGCAGGUUGGGCAGAUGAUGGAAGAGAUGGAAAUGAAGGUACAAGUGGCGCCCUGGGCAGUUGAAGCAAAGCAAGAGGCGGGUGCAGAGCUGAAGUCCAGUCUCAGUGUGGGAAACUCGUCCGUGGGGGUCAUCUCCAUAUGCGAAGAAGAACCCAAAGAAGACGGGGUGGAAGGAGAAGGUGGCAUCAUGAGAAUUUUUGCAGGGAUCAUAUUCACGGCUAUUCUAUUAAUUGCUGGUCUUCUAGGAUACUUAGUAAUUAACCUUUGAAUCGGAAAAUUAAAAAUUUGAAUUUAGAGACAGCAACACACAAACAACCUUUCCUGAUGAACACUAGUCAGCCAAUGUGUCCAGGGAAACACCACUGUAGGAGGCAAAGAGUUCAGAGUCUCCACCGGGGAGAACGGUUUGAUGUUUUGGAAUCUAACGGGACAUACUGGGCUGAUCAGUCUCGUAGAAGCUCGCAGAAUGUGUUCAGUGGCUUUUGUAGCUACAUUGUCAUAGAUGUAAAUGUCAAUGAGGUAAUGACUUGAGAGUAUUGCUCCAUGCGACAAUGAGCGUGGUUUAAGUUAUACCAGCUUGCAGGUAGUUGUGGUAGCCUAAGUUACUGAAUGUUUUAGAGAGAAAAAAGAAAGAAAAAAUGCUCAAACAACGAGUGACUACUGCUAAUGUUUGAAUAACGUCGGCAUUGUCUUAACCCGAAUGGAAAAACCUCAUACGCAUAAAUGCUCUGUUGACAUCAUUUUUACCGUCGUGGCGCUGUCCAAUAAAAUCUGCGUAAUAAGG